GACCUGCUGCUGCUGUACCUAAUGAGUUUCCACGUUGAUGAAUAGUCGCGGCCCGCGCGAGACAAACGAGCGAGAUUAUGCCGAGAUAAAGAAGCACUACCCUCGUGCUUAGUCCAAUAAUGGCAUGCGAUGGUUCAUCCGCGGAGGAUUUCCCGGACAAAGUGAUGCCCAGAGCAGCUCCCUGCACGUGCAACAAGAAGUGCAGGAGCCGCAGCAGCAGCAGCAGCGGCAGUAGUAGUGUUGUCUUUCUGGGAUUAUUCCUGCUGUCGCUGUGUCUGCACGCUGUCACCCUCGUCUGCUAUUUGGACCUCCGCUCCGAAGUCAAAAGGGAAAUUAUCCACCAGAAGCGGGACUCCAUGUUGACACUAGCGGGGAGUGACCUGGCUGACCCGGCAGCGGUGCUCUCGCCCGGCCACCCGCGACCGGACCCCGGGAGCAGCCGCGGAGGAGACGGUCAUGAGGUAAAAAGAAAAACACCUAAAAACAAUUAAAGAAAAGAGUUAAAAACGACAAGCCACGGCUGCUAAUUCAAGACAGCAUUGUUUUCAUUCCUCACACGGAGGCUGUUCGUGUUUGUUCACCUCCGUCCGUCCUCCUGUUUCCCGUAUCACGGUGUCAGGUUUUAUGUCAGAGCUCUGUUAUAGCAUGUUUCAGGGCAACUUAUUUUACAGUAGCCUUGUCACGAAGUUUUGCCCUGCUCAGUUUCCAGACAGAUGUGUUUUUGAAGUAUGGCUCCCGUGUGCGUGAGUCAGCCUUUUGGACAAAGAUGCACCUAGGUAUAAACUUCUUCGAGUCUGUCAGCUGGCCAAAGUGUCGUUUUCAGGUAUAAUACCCGGGAAGUCAGGUGAGAUAUGUCCCAAAAAUGACACCCUCAUCAUCACACAGGGAAUUAAUCUAUCUUAGAUAAUCACAUAUUUAAGGAGUAGCUUUUAUUUUCCUGUCAUUGAAACUCAGUUAACUCAAUUUGUUUCGUUUCUUUCUAACCAGACAGAGGUUGAUGCUCAAAGCUUAGGCAGCCUGCCCAGCUGGAUACCCUCAGACGGGUCAGUCAGUGUGCUGCAGCAGGUGGACGGAAAAUUAACUGGAUCACCAGCAGGUGCAAAGCCCAGGGGCUGAUGUAAAUUCAUCAGGACUUAGAUGGGGCAGUUGGUACUUGGAGCUGAGCCAGCCUCGUCUCACAUGUGUUUUCUUUUCUGGCAGCGGCCUGAUUGAAUGUUCAGUGUGUUGUCUGUGGCUUUGGCAACAGCAGACCCCCCCCCCCCUCUCCUCUUCCUAACCACCACCACCUCCACAUACUCCCUAAUCUCAUCAGUACAAAGGGACUGAGUGUAGGUCUCAACUUUGCUUGCUCAAUUGACUCAUGUGUCACCAGUUGUGUAACCUUUAAGAGAAAAUGAUCCUCUGUGUGGGGCUCUGGCUGGACCUGAAGUUGUCCAGAACCUCCAAACACGAUAACCACCCGGAGGAGUGUGUACAGGAUGCAGGCAUUAUGUCUUUGUAGGAAACAUUAUCGAGUUCAGAUGCUGCUUUUGGUGUUCGCAACAUUUUCCUUUUUACAAGUGGAAAGCUCAGCCUAUUCAUUUAGUGCUUCGCAAAGCUUAUUUUAGUUUGGUUUCCCUGGUUAAAACUGAGUGAGAUGGGUUUGGUAUUCAACCCAGAUGGUGACGCUUCAUGAGGUGAAAGACUGCGGCCCAGCUGUAAAUAUUUAACAGCGCUGUGAUGCUGUCCGUGCCAGAUGUCUGCAUUAAACAACUCUGAUUACACAUCCCACAGUUUACAUAGUUGGAGAAACAGGAGCAUGUGGCAUUUGGACGCAGCGGCCGCACUUGUUAGCUUUUCAAGAGUUUCCUUUGAAGGGUCUUUUUUUGUACAGCAAAAAAAUGUUUAUUGGAUUUUUUAACACACGUCCGCAUCAAAGGAACUUCAGCAGCAUCAGUGAAAUUAGAUGUGACGGGCAGGUAUACAGACAAGUGCAACAGGACAUGAACAGUCAUCCCAGACAACAAGCACGGCUAAAAGAGAUCACAUAAAGGAACAAACAUGCACACUGAUACACAUGCAGACUAUCAGAGUGUUUCCUCGGCUCAAAAUGUGUUCCGGAGAAGACACUUGUUGUGGCUUCCUAUCGUGUCACAACAACUUUGCACACUCAUUUGAGAGCAUGUCAGAAAGUUUUAAACUAAACCGGUCAGUGUUGAGUAUAAAUCAGCCGUGCUAAACAGCGUGCCGAGUGGAAAUUUAGACACUUUGUUGGUGGUUUCUUGUGUGAAACUGACAGAGAAGAGAGAUGCUGCUCAGAUGAGAGCAUAGUACUGAACAGGAAAAAGGUCGUACUCCACCGAAAAUGACAACAACCGUUCUUUCAAGUUUUAUUUUGUUUUUAAGUUUGAAGGGAAUAAAAAACACCAGCCUGUAAGUAUUCCCAAACUCCCUCUGCAUUUAUUACAUUAGAUUUUUUUCUUUCACCCACGACCACUUGUCAUUUACUUCGCAUUCUCUUGCUGCUGUGAGAACUGAAAUAAGCCGACAGUACUAAGGCCAAACUCCAUGUUUUUUGCUGGAAUUUGGCAGAUUUUGAAGGUACACCCCUGAACUGAGGAAAAUCAGGAUCUUGGCUUGUGGGCUGUAAUAUUCCAAGUUUCAAGUCGGUUUUCAAAGCACCACUAUCUGUCAGGAUGUCUCCUCUGUUUUCUCAGAUGUAAUUACAGAAAUCAAAACAAUAUUCGUUGUCUAAGAUCUAAAACUUCAGAGGGAAAAUGAAACAUGAGAGCAAUCUGGGCAAAUGGAAACAUCCUGGUCAGACCUUUGUUUGCGGAGAUGCACUUACGUACCACUUAACAUCUCACACCUUCUCAGUUACUUCUUAAUGAGAGCAGAUGAUGUGGUCAUUAAAAGUCCGUGCCUGGGACGUGAACAAAUAUUCUCUCCUUCCACACUCGCAGUCUGUAUGCCCUUGAGCAAGGCAGUAAACCCCAGCUGUCCAGCAGAUCUGCAGAGUUUCCAACCGUAAAAAGCCCCUACCAGGUGUGUGCGUGUACAUGCGUGUACGUGUGUGUUAGUCCUGGGUCUGAAACAAGAGUGUGAUACAGACUCCGAGCGUGAGUACAAAAAGAGCAAGUGUCACUGGCACUCAGCCUGACCCUCUUUCACCUGACCUCAGAGAGCGAGACAAAACAAAAAUCCACCCAUGGAACACUUAAUUGUGUUAGCUGGGAUUGCUUUUGAAUCUUGCCUAACAUUUUUCUUAUAACCAUUAUAUGAAAUAAUUUUCUCCUCUGAUGUGUGCCUUCAAAGUCUCACAGAGAACAGAUGCUGAAACAUCUGGAGUCUAGUUAACGGCUAUUAAAAAAGUCAGUUUGAUGGGACCCAAAGUCCUUAGCAGCGUUGAAGCUCUGGGGCGCCAGGGUGGGCUGUCACCAACUUCUGCUUUAAUUGUGACCAGUGCUUUAUUAGUUAAAACGGCAGUAUCUUGUGCAUAGAUAGAGCGGGUGUCAGGAACUAAUCAGUAUGGACAGAAGUGUUAUAAAGUUCAGAAGAGAGGAGGUCAAAACUUCAGACAUAGGAGACUGCAAAUUUUUCCAUGCAAAACUGAACAGUCUUGACAGACGGGUGGUGUAGACGCCCAGUAAAGAUUAAGUCCAGAGUCACAAACAUCACCAAAAUAAUAAAUUCUCAAGGCAUUCAGCUAGGAGUCACUCUGCCAGCAAGUGUUGCAAUAAUCUGACAUGUGAUUGGCUGCUGACAGGCAACAUUUCCCUUAGGUUGAGCUCCACAGCUUUUUCAGAUGACAAUCUAUGGAUGCUGUUAUUAAAUUACCCGAGUUAUGGUUGAAAACACAUGGGUCUUCUCGAGAGCUCUGCCUGAUAUUGGCAGGGGCGAGGAUACUCCUUUUUUUUUGUGUGAUAUUAAAGAAGAAAACACUCUGUUUUCCUUCGGUCCAGGAGUUUGGAUCACAGAAGUUUUAUGAACCUUGUGUCCUCAGCACUUUGCCUGAGUAACGCCUGUACUGCAGUGAUGGGCACCCGGUCUACAUCUGGCGCUCGCAGCCACAAGCCCAGAGUUUCACCUCCUCAACUUUGUAACCUCACAUUCUCGACCGCAAUUUAGUGACUAAUUGUCACUGCUGGCCUAAGACUUCGAGGAGUUACCGCCACAAGAAUGUGAGCUCGGGAUGGAAACACUGGAGCCGAGGCAUGUUGUCCUCACAAACAUCCUAAAUGUCAGGGAGGGCGGGUUUUAUACGCACUAAAGGGUAAAACUACAAACUGUUGUAAUACCAAGUGUUAAUAGGGCGAAAAGAAGUCUUGUGAUCACAAAAUUACACAUCCCUGCGGUGACUGAAUUUUAGUCAUAUCCUCACAGAGCAACAGGGAAUCGCGUCCUCUCCGUGCUAAAGCACCCCCCAAUGCUUUGAAGAUUUGAAAGCCCUCUAAUUAAUAGCAUUUUUUCCCUCGUGCUGAAAAAAGAACGGUUUACUCAAUAGUUGGCACUUGGCAUACAUACCAACACGUUGUCAUCCUGAUUUACUGUAACUCUGCGUGCCUUUGAAGGCUGUAAACGUCGUAAUGAAGUGAAAUGAAGCAAACGAGAGCGCCAAACCGUUUCUCGUAGUCGUAUAAGGGAAUAAUAACUCUUUUGAAAAACUACUUUGUUGCCUCCAUCUAAAGCACGGGUUCGCUAGUAGCCUAGCGGAUUGCUUGUUUGUUUUUUGUCGUUCUACUGGAGCUUAAUCUCGGGCCAAAAAUUGGCUGUUGAAUCAUGUUUGGCUGUCAGAACAGACGAAAGUGUAAUGCCAUAUGCCUGAACAUACACCCAGAAUCCUUUGAGAAGUAAAAGCUCGCUAUAUGCCAACAGCUGGAGAGGAGAUGUGGAGACACCUGCGCACCAAAUGAACAGCAAACGUCGCUGCUCGCGGGAACAUCUGGAGGUCUGUGUGUGUCGAUAAACCACUCUAACACACACACACUCCUCCAUCGGGCUGGAAUUCCCGUGCUUAUAAGGUCAGACAUGGCUGGCAGCUGGACAGGGAUGUAGACUUUAACUGCUUUGAGCUCGCCCAACACAGCCAGCGGGGGGUGUUUGACAUGAUACAGCUCAUCCCUCACCACAGGGGGGGGUUCCCACAUCUGAGACGAGGUAUGGAAGAAAACUCAAAACAUAACAUUUCUUGUCUGUCUUCUUAUGGUCUUUCAGUGGCUCUGCUCGCAGAAACCACACAAAGAGGCACUGGGAGUUCACGCUGCUUUCAGGAGAAGGAGGUUUCUUGCCGUUGGGGUUUAACAACUAUGCUUACUUGAGCGUCACAGAUGGAAACGGGGAGAGUGUCAUCUCGUACCCAACUGGGAAUGGCCCCCGAGAGGUCAAAGUGUCUGUCAGUAAGCUUGUCUGAUUCGUACUCGGCAGUAAAAAGAAGUGAUACAUCUUUAUUUAUUAUCCUCUAAUCCAUGCGAAGGUGCUGCACGUGUCACUGCUUUAGAGAUGUCGGUUAUCCAAACUCCAAGCAGAUGUCCAGCACAAAUACAAGUUGUCUGAUCUGUCCUCAGCUAUUGAGCGCCUUUAUCUUCUCCUCCUAUCAUUAUUUAUACUGACACUCCAAAGUGUGACCAAAAAUGAGCUCGUAUAUCUACUUGAUCUACUCAAUGCAAAGAAAGCCUUUGGGUGGUCUUGUUGUGUUUCGAUCGCUGAGUCCCCUUUUGUCUAUCGGGACUCUGGGAGUCCUCCAAAGAUGUGAUCACAAACUGGCUGUCCAAACCGAAGGCGACUUUGAACAAUCCGCGUUUAUAAAUUUCUAAAUCCUUAGCACGAAAUGUUUUUUUUCCGGGAUGUCAGAGCCAGUCGUGUCUCCGACAUGUUACAGUCAGUUCAGCGCGUCCUACAGAGUUCACGUGAAUUUGGGAUGACCAGAACCAGUCACACAAGAACACAGGCAUGCGGUUUGUCCCGGCACUCACUCGCCCAUGGGAACACCCUGCCGCUGUAGCAUAGCUUUCCCUGCUUUUUUUGGGGAUGAGCUCAGAGCAGCUCCAUCAGAUCCUUUGGCUUAUUCAUGCUACCUCUCAAUAGGGCCAGGACCAGGUGCCGAUGAAUGGAUAAUAUUGCUCUCACAUUAACCGCAAUCCAUGCCCUUCUUUUGUGUGAAAAGGUGAAUUUUAGAGCAGUCGUGUCCAGGUGACUGUCUCAAACGGCACAAACACAGACAAAAGUGACUCUGGUUACCGGAUGGGUUACAGCCCCAAUGGGACAGACAAUGACUUGGCCACAAAUGAAUGUGCUUCCUGACAGUGUCUCACAUCUUUUCAAAUGCCCCAAGUUGUGUCUGUGCAAACAUUAUACCCCAAGAAUAGAAAGGCCACUUGUAGGCCGUUGGUUUCGCUCUCAAAACCUUGAAUCACUCUUUCCCUUUUUUUGGCCUUGCAGGAUUAAUAUGAGAGAGUCCUGGCCCGUGUAGAAAGCUCAUGAAUAUUCUACUUUGUAAAUUCCCCUGUCUCAUUAACGCUGUCUUUUGUUUUUCUCCAGGAGAAGUUACUGCACAGAAAUAGCGACUUCCACGCCACAGAGGACCACAGGGGCAUAACUCAGCGAGCGAAAAGGAGUCCCGGCAAGCAGCCAGAAACAGGCAAGUCCUUUUUAUUUUCGAAUUUAUGAUCACUUUCUACUGCUGUGUCUCCCCUCUCUGUUUUUAUGCCCACAGUCCCAUUUCAGCACAACUGAUGACAAAAACCCUGCACAAAUAUUUGCUCUCUGGUGCACCUGCAUUAGUCUAUUUUCUGGAAAUACUUGGCACCCACCAGCCAGACUGCUCGGCCCUGUUUUCCAUAACUCUGCUUGUUUGGAGGGGAUUCAGUACUGAGUAAAUAACAGGCUUUCGGUGGGCUAACAACUCUUUAAAUUUGAAAAUAGUUUGUUAACGGUUUCUCACUUUUGAAGGAAAUCGAUUUUUUACUGCUUUGUGCCUACUUAACAGAGCAACACCACCGCACAAUGUUGCCUAGUUUAUAGAGCGCGAGAUUAAACAGAAUGGGAUUGAUUAUUACUUGGAUAGCAAACAAGGACAAUGAGGAGUUUGGGAGGGUUUCACCAAUUUGAAACAGACACCGAAAGCCCUUCGCUGAUUUCCCCCGUCUCGAAAUAAUAUGAAGUCCCCGAAAUGUCUUUUUCAUCCAUCGACUGCGCGGUUCAACUUCGGACUCCAGCUGUGUUUUUGCGUUGCGCUGAAACAUCUCAAAAUAAAAAUCACUUUGCAGAACAUGCGGUCAUUUUAGGGGAUUAGGCAUUUGGGAUUUUCAGGGCUUCAUCAAUCCCAAACAAAUUGAUUUAUUGUAAUCAAUGGGCUCUCAGAAGGCCACGAGGCUGAUCGGUUUGAAUUUGCUUUUGUAGUUUGUGUUUAGAAUGAAAGCUAUGCAAAUAAAAAAAAGGGAGGCCUUUGAAGUUUCAUGUCUGAGUGCAACAAGUGCAGCAUGAUCACAAAGCAUUCCGAUGUCUGUGGCGUGACACUGAAUACUUUAGGGGAAGUUUAGUGAUUGUGUUUAAAUUAGGAGAAAAAACUCACCUUUGAGACUUUCUACAUAAAUCAGUAAAGUCCCGAGCCUCUAAACACUAAUCAUUCCCAGGUCUCUCCUCGGCUCUCAGCGCACAGACAAAGGCUUUUGUAAUCUCAGCCUUAGAUGUGUGUGUUUGUGUAUGUGUGUGUACCUUGUUUGCACGUGUGUGUGUGUGUGUGUGUGUGUGUGUGUGUGUGUGUGUGUGUGUGUGUGUGUGUGUGUGUGUGUGUGUGUGUGUGUGUGUGUGUGUGUGUGUGUGUGUGUGUGUGUGUGUGUGUGUGCGCACGUUCAGGGCACUCCUAACGGGCACCAGAUUCCAGAUAGGGCUGCUCGUUAAGAGAAAUCUAUGCGGAUGCAUCCAGUCAUUUAGCCAGAGGAGAAACACUGGCCAUAUGUUUGAAGGGGACUCAAACUGUGAGGUUUUAAGGUUAAAUGGCCUUUGUAGUUGUAAUGACAUGGUAAACACAAGAGCAGCGAGACGGCUUUUUGAAAAGGAUUCUUCAGCUGCACACAGAGCGCGCACACACACUCACACUCACACACACACACACACACGCAGAUGCACACUAAGUGCAUUUUGUCUUUCAAGCGCUGACACAGAUGCCCCACCAAUAUCCACGCACGCGCACGCUCACACACAUGUUGUGAAGGGGAGUCGCACACACAAACACAUGCACACGCCCACAUGUAGACACACUUUCAUCUACAUUCUCCAUCUGGGCUUAAUUCAAAGAAAAGGAUUUUGGCAGGAUAAAGUAUCUCUCUAAUGAUCUUCUCCAGUUCCACUGCCUGUGAAUGCUUAAGGCACUUGUUCAUACAGAGGAGGUGAAACCACACUUACAAAUUACUACACUAGAAGAUACCACAGACUGACAUACCUCAACUCGAGUGUUCAGAGCGGCACAUCUGAAUCUGUUAUUUCAGCCUCUUUUUGAUACCUGCGCAGAAUGAGCGGGAUAUUUGAGAUGUUAUCGGAGAUGAUAAUUGUUCAAGAGAUCAUUUCGAGACUGAUCCCAUUGCUUUCGCUUUCUUACAGAAUCAACCGGGAGAGAUAAAAGGAAAGAUAAGAAAAAAGGUAAUACAUGACAACGCCAACAUUUCAGUAACAUUGGUCAUUAAUUAGAGUAACUGCUGCCUGUUUUCAGGAUGAAAACCUUGAGUCCAGAUUUAAUGACUAAGUCGGCUUGGAGGAAAUGACAAGUUUUCCAUAUCUGACUCUGUCCUCUCAAGUCAUUUCUCCUCCUUUUGCUGUGUUCAGAUCAGAAUUUACAGCCUUUACCAAAGCAGCACAGGCUGUAGAGCCCCAAGAACAAAAUUUUUGAUUUCUGAUUUCAUGAGUAAAACACACUUUCCAGACAAAAAUAACGAACUCAGUCAUUCUGGUUUCUGUCUUCACAGGGAAAAAGAGGUCAGUGCCGGGGCCUCCUGGUCCCCCUGGUCCUCCGGGCCCACAGGGGCCACCGGGCAUCCCUGGAAUCCCCGGCAUUCCUGGGAGCAAUGCUGUAGGGCCUGCAGGACCUCCUGGACCCCCUGGGCCACAGGGACCCCCGGGCAGUCAAGGCCCAUCAGGUAUAAAACAGAAAUGACACGAUCCGUGCUCAGAUAGCCAAGAGUUGAGCCAGAGAGCUUGAAAACACCCAGGAGUUGAGAGAUUUGUUCUUAGAUUACAGCGCUUUCCUGCUCGUAGAAGAGUUCCCACACUAGAAGGGGGCUCAGGUUGUCACACUGGUGAACUCAUUGCCUCUUAGUUCAAGUCUCUAGUGCAGGCUGUCAAACAUACUGUGGGAUAGCAGUGAUCCAUCUUUAAACUAUUUCACUGUUUGUUUUGUUUUAAUCAUCAUCUCUUCUUCUCAGCUGUGUUGAAGGCCAGAACUUUAUCUUGUAUCUCUCCUCCCCUCUUUUAUUGUUUCAGGGGUUCUCGAUAGGACAAAAACAAAGGAAUUCCAGGUAGAGUAUGUCAGCUAUUAAAAUUAAAUUUAUCCCUAACGCAAAACCUCCUGACGAAACAGCUGUUGCUCUUGUUUGACUGCGCAUCCAGAUCAGUCACCAGAGAUCUUUUGUGUUUUUCAGCCUGCAGUGGUUCAUUUGCAGGGGCAGGAGACGACAAUCCAAGUGAGAGAAGGUGGGUCUUCUGUCUGUUCUCGGUUGUAGUUACACCCCUGUGUUUGACACAGAACAAUAAACAGGCUUAAUCCCUGUCAGUGUCCUUCGUCAGAGAUCUGUGUCUGCAACUGUUCUAAUAAACACAUGCUUGCUAAACCACAGACUCACGUCAGAAUAAAAUAAACAUGCCAGGUUUUGACAAUCAUGAAAAGAAUUGUCUUUACUUGCUGCAGCUAGACUAAGAGUUUAUGGUCUUAAUAUUGCGACUUAUAUAAUAUCUACUAUAAGACUAAAGUAACCCUGAUAAUCCCAGAGCUAUGACAGGAUUUGUAUACAGUUACAGGCUUGAAUUAAAAGUCAGACCUGUGUUAAGGCAGCUCAGGAUGAGAAGCCUUCCAUUCUGGCACAUGCAGGUUAUUAUCCCACUUUGUCACCGAAAAGGAGCGUAAGCACCGUCAGCUGGUUUAUUUUUUCUGCCAGCGCUAGCUCUGGUUUCAGUUUAAAACUGCUGAUUUCUGUUUAUGAUGACUCGUUGCCUCUUGUUUGUUUGUUGUGACAUGUUUAGAUCUCUCUGAAGGCAUCCUUAGGAACUGGAAGAUGGUGUCCAUCCAUCACCGCGUGUUUAAAAUGCACUCUCGCUCCGGAGAGCUAGAGGUGCUGCUGGACGGUGUCUACUUCAUAUAUAGUCAGGUAGAAGUGAGUACGGUCCUUGACGUAACUCUUAUAAUUUAUGAUUCUGAGUCAACAGAACUGACAUUUUAUUGUUAAGAUUUAAAACGUGCUUGCUUUUUGAUCCACACAUAUUUGAGUUCUCCAUCGAGAAUUUAUUCCCCUGCCUGUGGUAAAAUAUGAUGGUCUAUAACUCAAGCCCUUGUUGGCUACUCUGAUAUUCCAGCUGUUUCAGCUUUAAACAAGCUCUGAAAUGUCAUGUCGACUUGUUUCGACCACCCCUCUCAGUCUUCUGUGGAUUUCUCUGUCUUCCCUUUACACCAGGUGUACUACCUCAACUUCACUGACAUAGCCAGUUAUGAGGUGAUGGUGGACUCCAACCCAUUCCUGCGCUGCACCUGCAGCAUCGAGACAGGACAGCGUAAGUUCAACACCUGCUACACGGCUGGUGUGAGCCUGCUCCGCGCCGGCCAGAGGAUCUCCAUACGCAUAGUGUAUGAGGACACGCUCAUCAGCAUGACCAACCACACCACUUUCCUGGGAAGUGUCAGGCUUGGAGAGGCUCCAUCUGCUGGACAGAACUGAUAACUACACACCACAGCAGCACUCGAAAGAAGGGAGAAUUUGCUCUCUGUGUUCAAAAUCAGGAGCGACUCUCCAGCCGAAGUCUUGCCCCUGUUAAAAGAGCUGAAAGGAAACUUGUGCCUGAGGAGCUCCCGGCUGAAAUUUGUUCACAGUUCUGUAUUAAAAGGACCACAUAAACUGGUACGCUUUCCCUUAGACGUCCUCUUCAAACAAAAGACUAUUUAUAGUCACCAUUUGUGCCAACAGACGACAUCACUCUCUAUAACAAGGAAGGACACUGUGCUGACAUAUACUUAAUAUUUACAUGUUUGAAGUGCUGUUGAAUGAUAAUCUUGUAUCUCCAAAAUCACAAACUAUUUAAAAUAAUGAAGAUGCGAUUUGUAAACUUGGCCUUUUAACCUUUUUUACUCCAUCAGCAGUUAUAAGUAAGUGGUUUAAUAGGGGGUUUAAAGCUCCAGAUGCCCCGGGGUGAUAAAAAGAGCAUUAAAAUGUUCAAAGCAAGUAUAAAGUUAUCCACACCAAGCUGAAAAAAGCAUUAAAACUGGAGUUAUAAGAUAUUCACAGAGCAACAGCACCAUAUAUUUUGCACACAUUUGCACUACAGCAUCCCUGCAGAAUAUCAGUGAUAUGUUUUUUACAGUGCUUUUGUUUAGUUACCGUGUGAAUGAAUCCAUGUGGAAAAAUGAUAGUUGUUUAUACGUCUGUACAUAUUGUAUAUAAAAUGGGAUAUACUUUUGUAAAUGGAGUUGAUUGAUGGAUUAAAAUGUUUCAUUUUCUGUCUAAA